ACACUUCCGCAAUGAAGUCUUGAUUACAAACAAAAGAGCAACAUUUUUCUGAUUGGAGUGUUUGAAUAGGAUUGUAUCUGUUUCAACGAAACAGGAUGUUGUCGUUAUAAGUAUGUUACAUUCUUCAUAAGUCUGCCUCGUUAAUUUGAACUCGCUUAUUUUUGUUACGAUUCGUUUUGGAAAAUGAUACCGAUUAAGCUGUUCUUUUUGUUAUGGAUGAUUCUGUACGUAAAUUGCCGAAAUGUACCGUAUACAACAGAAAAGAAAUGCAAUAGUACCGGUAACAGUUUUGUUAAUAGCAAGAUCACAGACGACUGGCAAAGUGGCGCUUACAUGUAUCGCAAAUAUCAGUGUCGGACAGAUUAUAUCAGUAAUAUUCCAGACUUAGGGGAUAUUGUGUUUAAGUGUAUGUACUUUCGGAGGUCAGCAUCACAUGAAUGGAAAUCCACGUCAGCUUGGUUUACUGAAGGCGGUUCUUUAUAUCUACAAAAUGUGACAUGCGAACAAUUACCAGCAAAGAAAAAAUGUUCAGCUCCACCAUUGCCAAAGAACAACAUGACUAGAGAAAUAACGACUAGCUACCUAAUGCCUGUCACGAUCAAUGGUGUCAAGAAAGCCAUAAAAGAUUUCUACACUGGUGAUACAGUAAAGUACAGUUGUAAACCGGGUUUUAUAUUAUCAUCUGAUACAUCAUUCUAUACUGUUUAUGACUAUUAUGACGAAUCAUCAACUACAGCACCCGCCACAGUUUUAAAGGAUAUCACAUGCAACGCAGGUGGCCUCUGGAAUGGCUUUUUUGAUUCUGAAUUGUUCUUCGGUGAAUGUCAAGAAAUAAAAUGCGAUGCUUCCUCGUAUGCUGAUAUAAGUAAUGGUAAUAUUACAAACUUUAAAGAAACUUACGAAUAUCUCGAAGAGAUGAAAUUGGAAUGCGAAGACGGAUAUCGGCACAAAGGCGGCGUUAAAUCUGUUCUUUGCAUGACACCAUCAAGUUUCAGCGAAUUUUCAAUGCUCGAUUUGGGCUGCGAACGAAUCCAAUGUAUUGAACCGGAGAGCCCGAGUAACGGCUUUUUAAGAAUGGAUCACAAUUAUGUUGAUGGAACGGUUAUUUACGAAUGCGAAUCUGGUUACGACCUGAUAGGAUAUCCGGAGUGGAGAUGCCAAUUGAACGGCAAAUGGGACCAUGAUUGUAUAAAAUGUACCAGUGAAGAUGCAUACUGUUCUCCGCCAUGUUUGCCGCCUGGUGCUAUGAUAACAACUUCCUCUGAGAGUUAUCAGAUUGGUGAUGUGUUAGACUUUACAUGUAAAUCCGGCAAAUACUACGGAGGGUCCACUAAUCGAACAUGCAUGAAGAAUAGAAACUGGAGCGGUACUCCUAUAGAUUGCACAGGGGAGUCUUUGUUUGAUUCUAGUGUAGGAAUUGAGUUGAUAUCAGCUAUGAAAAAGAUUUCAGAGAAUAAAACGGAAAACUCUACUAAAACAGAUACAAUAAUGUCAAAGACAAUAAAUGUCGGGAACAGUGGUGGUGUAGACGUGUACCUGCUUGUUGAUAUAUCUAAGAGUAUUACACCAAAGAAAUUCAACACAACUAUAAGAUUUGUAUCUGCAUUACUCCCAGAGCUUGGUAUUAAUGAUGGUGAAACUGGUACAAGGCUAGCACUUACAUUCUUUGGCUCUAAACCGUUAAGGAUAUUUGACAAACAUUCAGAGGAGAUGGGGGGGCAGCCGUUUGAGUCAUAUGAAAUGGCGAAAGAAGAAAUAGAAAAAUAUAUGAAUGAAAAGGAACUGAUAAAAAUAAGAGAUGAAACAG